ACCAUGUCGCAGAAGGAGCUACACACUUAAGUGGGACUUAAAAAUAUAUAAAAUCAAGCUGUAGUCAAGUUAUUUGCUCAUGCAAUCUGCCUCCUUACUUUGAAUUAUGAGAACGCGGGCUGUAAACACUCGAUGGAUGUUUGCUGUUGUGAAACUUUCUCUGCUUUAUGCAGCUUUGCUCCAGGACCACUUUUGUGAAGCUUCAUGCCCAAAUACAGGAGCCUGGAUGAAAAACAUUCUGUUUAUUUCUCCUCAAAAAAUUACGCUCAAUACUACUUUUCCAACGGAUGCUGUUUUUAUAAAUGAGAGUGGAAAAAGGCUGUGUUUCAACCUCCAUGAAAAUAAAACAGGUUGUUGUGAGGGUUUCGACUGCAGCCCCAAAAUAAGUUUGGCUGGUAACUGUUACAAACUAACGCUGAAUGAAACAGCAUUAUGCAACCAAGAUGUUGUCGUGUUGCAGAACGCAGCAUAUAAUUUUUCAUGUAUGCCAUCAACAUUCUACAACUCACAAGGUUUAAUGCUGAAUAUUCAGAACUGCUUAAAAAUGGGUGGACCAACCAUUAGAUUUGGCCUGGAUCAGCUGUUUGGAAAUUCAACAUUUGAGAAACUGUUAUGUGAAGGUACCUGGCCAAGAUUCGGGAUCAAUUCUUCUUGUCAAAACAACAUGCAAGCUGCAUCUCGGAGCACCCCAAACAAUUUGGUUUCUCCAACAAGUAAUGUGACUUCCAAACCUACAAAUGAUAGGACUUCCUCAGGGACUGGAAAGCCAGAAAAUACUGGUACAACCACGGCUUUCAGAACCUCAAGCAGUUCUCUUUCUCAACCAAGUUAUUUGAUCUGCUGACUUCUGUAAUUUCUUUUUGAAGAAACAGCUGACAUAUUACACAUAU